AUGACGAUCGAUCGUUGGAGCGUGACGCGUUGCGUCGCCCUCGCCGCGUCGUCCGCGCUCGGUCUGGACGCGUACGCCGACGCAAUCUUCGGCGAACAGUGCGCGUUCGCCUUGCCCACGGUGGAGCCCGACGCACGGGGCGAGCGCGCGUCGUCGUCCAAGCGCUCGGACGAGAAGAGAGAGCGAGAGCGUAAAGAGGCUAAAAAGGAGCUCGAGCGAACGUCGCUCGGACGUCUCGUCGUUCGUUUCAAGGAUGUGCGCGGGAGAGCGCUCGCGGGUGACCUGGACCUCGUCGCAUUUUACUUUGGCGUCUCGGCGCUCGGUGCGCUGGGGGCGUUCGUGGAGCGCAUCGUCAGAGCGCGGUCGGAGAUUUCGGACGCGCUCACGCCCACGCUCGCGGCCUUUGGGAUCGGGAUAGCGAUGCGAGCGCUCUGGCGCGCGCACACGGACGCGCGGGUGACGCCGAGUUCGGAGAAGACGGUGGCGAUGCUCUUCGCGUUCGUCGCUUGGUGCGCGUCGACGCUCUUCGUUCUGCUUGCACCCGUGGGAGUGAGGGAUUUCAAACUCGCGAGCGUCGCGAACGCGGUGAAUGAGGUGCUUGUGGAUAACCUGCGCGGGAGGCCGCAAGCGUCGCUCGAAGUCGUCGGCGUGACGUUCGGGUUGCUCGGCGCGGCUGUCGCCGGUUUAUCGCUCGCGGCGACGGUUCGCGUGACGAAAAGCUAUCUGAUCUUUACGACCAUUCCCGAAUGGGCGGCCUCGUACGCGGGAUCGUCCGCAGUUUCACACUGGAGAAGAUUUGUCGUGCACACUGCUCUCGCGCUGCCCGUCUUAGCCGUCGUCGCAGGCUCUCCGGCGAUGGUUUCGGAGCCGCUCGGACUUUUGGACACGACCACUCGAGAUAUUCAGUGCGUGAUGUUCGUCAUCGCCGGGACUUUCAUGAUGGCGAGCGUUAAUCCUUUGACACAGGCGCACUUAGAUUCCGGAUUGAUUGCGUGGUACGAGGUGAAAGAAGGAAAUGACGACGGCGUCCUGAGCGAGCGCGCCGUCGCGGUGGUUACACGUAAACUUGACGUUACCAACCAUCUGGUGUGCAAAGUCGCGCUCCAAGUGGCGGCUCCUGCGUUGUUUAUUUUCUCAUGCGGUCUCGGCGGUUUGACCGCGACGACGUUUACGUCAGAGAUGUUCGUCAUCUUGGGCUGGUUCUCGGCGGCGUGGAGUGUCGUCGUGGGUAUCUUCACCGUGGUCGCGUCUCAGCCAGAGGUCGUGUUCGCAACGCGCUGA